UCCUAAGCCCCCCACAAUUAUCUUAAUAUGAUAGUUUAAAUAUCCUAUAAAGGGAGAGCCAAUCUUUAUCAGGAGGCACAGUACACAGUAAUUCAUUUUUAACAUGAUUUUUUUCCUUUAACUGACUUUGAAAUGGAUAUUUAUGUUCAAAAUGAAUAAUAUGUCUAGUGUAUAGUUGAAUACACACAGGAAGGACAUUAGAGGCUGGGUUAACAGGAAGAUCAACUAAAAACUCCAGUCCACAUUUACUUUGCAUUUAACUUUGUUAAACUCCCCAGGCUUGACUGCCAAGAACACGGCAAUAGCCCCUUGGCUGAGUCAGUUAUGAUGUUUUAUUCCACAAAGUGAUACUAUUUGGCCAGGAAAGAAAUACAAAAACCCUGAAUUGCACCACACCUAUCAUUUCUUAUAAUAAUUUAUUUUACAGUGUAAAAUACAGUGAAACCAAGAGUCUUGGUGUUUGAUGUGUUUUCCAUACUGCCAUUCCUACCACUAACUAAACAAAUUAAAUAAAUCUCCAACAUCAAAUUGCCUUUAUCAAAAUAAACAGUACUGAGAAAAAAAGUAAAAAUGAUCUAGUCCUAAAAACAAUUUCUACUGGGAUUUUGCGGGCACACAAAUAUUUGCUUCACAGGAAAUUCUCCUAGUGAAGCUAAAACCUUCAGUAAAAAGUGAAUAGUGGUCUUACUGUACAAAACAUCUCCUGCUAAUACCUGUACACCCUACAAAUAUAAAUCUUUUCCAGUUCAUUGAGUUUUAUGCUAGAAUGCUGAGUACAGCCAUCCAAAGUACAUAAAGAAAGUUCAUACUAGAGUCAUCAUUAGAACUUCUUUACAGAAAGAAAAUUGGUCAAAAUAAAAUCUUGCCUUUUGAAUUAAAUAACUACAUAAAUCUUACUCUGUGCAACUUAACUCUAAGACAAAGCUUUAAGAGGAUCAGUGGAAGUCAUAUACAACUAUGAACUUUGAUUUUUUUGUUUCAUUUAAAUUAAUGGCCUUGCUUGCUGUUCAAUGACACUACUGUAAUCCAAAUUUUAAGUAAAGAAGCACCCUCUGAGCAGACGUACAAUCGUGUAAUUUCUGGCUUCAAAGCCUGGCCCAUACAAAUAAAGGGAAUCUAUCCAUUCAUCACUUCUAUCACGGUGGGCCCUCUCAGCCAAUCAGAUUGCAGCUCUCACACAGCGUGGCCCACGUUAAGAGUUGAAGUUCCACAUGUCUCCAGUAUAAAGCAGGCUGACCACUAACAGACACAGGAUGGUGUAAAGAGGCGAGAUCAGUGAGGCCAGUCAGUGAAGUUGAAGACAAUGUGUGUUAAGUCUGUGUUCUGGGCUCUGGCACUGGUGAUUUUUAUAAGAGCUGAAUCUACACAAGAAUGUGAUUGGACCCGUGCGCGCAUGUGCUUUGAUGGAUUUCUCAGAGUUAACAUGACCAGCAUCAUGCAGCCUCCCGUAGAUAUCGGCAGGUUAUGUAGAUUACUGCGUCAAAUUCCAAACUCCUUACGUUGCUACCACCGUGCCACCUCGGAGUGCACGCCCCAACAGCUCCACCUGCUGGAGACAAUGCCAAGACGCCUCCAGGGUAUUGCAGAUAACUAUCGUCUUCUCUGUGUGCAGGGUUGCAAAGUUCAGAAAGCUGCUGAGUGUUUCCAUGGCAACGUGUAUCGCACCUUUGAUCGCCUCACCAAUGGGACCAGUAAGGAGGUUUACAAUGUCAGCCUCCUCAUGCCCCCCAUGGAGCAGAUCCACAUCUCCAGGGCCUGCAAAGAGAGAGACCGCUUCAGGCAUAUUCUGCUUUGUUAUAAAAACUACACAGAAAACUGCAUCGAGGAAGACUUGGUGGCGCUGAAGUCAAGACAUGAUCUAUCCCAUAAUAUGAAAAAUGUUUACGGGAGUUUAUGUGCAAACCCAGGUUGUGAUGAUUACCACACCCGCUACGCAGCUAUGCAGGACUGUGCUGCUAAAGUGUACAAGGCCAAACCACCCGAUAUGUGCGACACCUUUAUUCAAGGAAUGUCGUGUCAGAAAGCAGUGGCAUACGGUUGCUUUGCUCUUCACAAAAUGAUCACAUUGAAGGAUUCAAUGUACCAGAUUUACUGCAAGCCAGUCCCCGUGACGGAGGAGGUGAGGACGACGACAGAAGACCUAGAGGUCCAGGCACAGGAAACAAUGUCACUGACAGCUAGAGCAGCAGGACUUCAAUCAUUCCUGGGGACCAUGAGCUGGGUGAUAAUCAUUACUAUCUUGAUGAUAAGAUGAGGGAGGUAAGAUAGCAGGAUGUGCCAAGAGAUGGACACAGAAUCUUGCCAGAGUGGCAGCAUGCUUGACUUGUGAUAAGAAACAAUAGACCAGCUGGAACUGGGAACUGAGCUGGCUCUUAAUGAAUCCUCCACGGAGCAAUUGUCACAUCUGCACCCAUAUGCAAGCCACACAUUGCCUUAUCAACAACAGCAGGUUGUGUAACCUCACUAUGACAUCAUAAUGAAUGUUACAAUUUUCCAAGGUAUCAUGUUUAACAGGAUAUUUGAUGUGUCAGGAAGAAGAAACGUAUCAUACAUCCUUGAAGAACAUAACACCAAAAACAAAGCAUUGAUUAUUUAAAGGAUUAGACUGAUAAAUCACGGUGUACGACGUCAGUGCUGUCACAGCCAAGAACAAGUGCAGAUGCACCUCUCUCUACACAGCAAUACCUGGCCAACACAACACAGACGGACAUUCCUGUACUUCUGUCCAUCAAAAUACAAUACCAGGUGAAGACUUACUGAUAUUUAAACUGUGUGAAUUCUGAGUUCACAUGUUGGUGUUGCCUGGUAUUAGGUAUAGAUGACGUCCACAUGUUAAGGAUCCUUUCCACACACACAUGAAGUACUAACAGCAGUUGUUAGCAUAGUACACUGAAAUCAUGCGCUGGAUGGCCACAGUAAAUAUAUAACCUAAUAUAGGACUAAUAUAAUGGUGCCAUAUACUUUACUCUCUCUCUCUAUAUGUAUAUCAUGGUGCCAUAAUACAAUUCACCAAUUCACACAACAGCUUUAUGUAAAACACACCAGGUUUACUCUGUGACAGUGUACAUGCUUCUAACACUGGCUGUCACAAAAACAUAAGCCUCUACAGUUCCACAAGUGUUGCCUCUAAACUACACACAUAAAUAUACACACAUGCCCCCACAUACACAUGCGCCCACACACACAUGCGCCCACACACACAUGCACUUACAGUGAUGUCCUAUGCAUGCACAGUUCACUCAAUGUGCUUCCACAAACUUCAAAUUUAAUCAGUAUAGCUAACUUCUUGACAAAUAGUUUUGAUUAAUGUAAUCCAUUUAUUAGGCAGUGUAGGUUCCAUGAUGAAUUAUUGCCAUGAUGUAUAAAUUAAUAAUAAUUUGUUAGUUUGUUUGUAGUCAGUCAUUUAUAAUGGCACCAUGUGACUGUAUGAACCGUGUUAAAUAUUAUGUAAGUGACACAGUGACUGUAACAUUCCCAAUUUUUCAUCUAUUCGCGAAAGCUGCUUAUUCUUUUUUUACAGAAAUAACACUUAAAUAUUUAUAUAAGAAGAUCAAGAAAAACAUGCAAAUACAGAUACAAAAUUACUUUUUAAAAAUCACCUUUGAUCACUUGUUAUAUAUUCUUUGUAAAUGUAUACUAUUUUUUCAUGUUUCAAGAAAACAGAUGAAUAUAUUACAAGAAAACAGAAUAAUGGGUAACACACGAUGAAACACUGUAGUUUAAAGAGUUCAAUAUUCUCAAAAGUUAGAUAUGUUCAUCAAGUAAAUUGCCCAUUUCAGAGUUCAGUUUGUUGUAAAGAAAUUAUCAACCAGUUAUUUCUAUAAGAUACUGCACUGUAGUGUAUCCCACAUCUAGUUUGUCUUCACAAAUGACAUAGUACACAAUGUAGAAGAAAGAUUUUUAAAAAUUACACAAAAACAAAUAAAAAAAUUUUAAAAAUACUUAAAAUCAAUUAUUCAAGAUGUUAAGAAAAGCAUAAGUGUAAAUUUGAAGAAUAUUGUAAAGGUACAUUUUAACUUAUAUUUGUUUUAACCGUGAGAUGCAUUAUGAUAUUUUUACAAACAUUAAAAUAAACAAAACAAAAUGAUUAU